UCAUGUAUUGUUCUUUUAAAUUGGUUUUUAAUUGUAAAAUUAUCUAUGGUUAUUGCGUUUUUUUUCUUCAUUUUAUAGGUUAUAACUGCUGAAGUAAUAGCCAAUGUUUAUAGUACACAGGACCAGGACAUGUGAUAUGAAUUGGGAAGUGGAAAGAAAUAUCUAUUUCAGACAUUUAGAGUAGUAAUGGCAACUGGAUUCAUUAAUCUUCAGACAUGAAAGAAGCUUUAUGAUUUAAGGAUUUAGAGUUUCCUUUAUUUGAUAAUAUGCCAAAUUCUCCAUCUGGUGCAAAAUCYUUAUACAUGACUAUUUAUGGCGUUAUUGUUAUAAAGAUAUUCAUGAGAGCAAGAGCACGCAAAUUGAAAAGCGAGAAAAUAUCAAUAAUCUAUCUAUGCAAUAUUCACCUUCAGGAAACCAUUGAAGUGGCACAGGAAGGAUUUACUAGCCACUAUUUAAGGGAUUCAGAGUUGCCUAGUUUUGAUGUUCCAAAAGCUCACACUUCAAAAUCAAUACAAUCUGUAGAUGAUCAGUUUUCACCUCCAUUAUUUGCCUCACUAUCAAAUUUCCCAUAA